UAUAAACACAUACACAACACAUAUUUUGUUAUAAAAGAUUUGCUUUUUAUUUCUCAUUUAUAUUCUUUGAUGCUUGCACUUGUCUGGUCCCAGUUAAUCUACUAUAAAGUUAAAACUAAAAUUUAAAACAUCAUAUUGACAUAACCAAAACAUUUAGGACUUGAGCUGUGCCAUUUAUAUUUUGCAGUUUUUCACAUUGAUAUUUAUUUUCUCUGAGACUGAUAGAAAGUUCUGGUAUUUUAGUCAUAUAUUCCAGCCCAUAACAAAGCCUUUGCAAAUGCAGUCCAUCCCCAUUGCUUUUUCUACCCCCCCAUCACUAAAAUGCCGGUGCUGUGGUCCUCACUCCAUCCUGUGAGAAGACGAAAGGACCUUUUUUCUCUCUGACCCCUCUCCAGAUCACCCCAACCCUAGACAUUGUCAUAAUCCCUCAUCCCCCCACUCUUAAUCUUUUUUUUAUAGGUUUCCCUGCCCCCUACCCCUUAAUAACCCUAAUACUUGAUCCCCCCAUCCCACCCUUACACCCCAACAUCUGCUGUAUUUUUUUCGGCACUAUCUUGGUGUGCGCUUGCCUCACUAGCAAUGCCAAGUGUUGAUAAAAGUGGGGGUGUUGGCGGCCCCUCAUCACCUCCCACAUCUUCUCCGUCCCGCCCGCUGAGACCCAGCCGGUACAUCCCUGUGUCAGCAGCAACCGCCUUUCUGGUAGGCGCCACCACACUCUUCUUCUGUUUCACAUGCCCCUGGCUUUCUGAGCAGUUCUCCAUGGCCAUACCAGUUUAUAAUGGUGUGGUCUUCCUCUUUGUCCUUGCCAACUUCUGCAUGGCCACGUUCAUGGACCCAGGAAUAUUCCCAAGAGCGGAAGAAGACGAGGACAAAGAGGAUGAUUUCCGCGCACCGCUCUACAAAACUGUGGAAAUCCGGGGCAUUCAAGUGCGCAUGAAGUGGUGUGCUACCUGUCGUUUCUACAGGCCACCACGCUGUUCGCACUGCUCUGUGUGUGACAACUGUGUGGAGGAUUUUGACCACCAUUGCCCCUGGGUGAACAACUGCAUUGGGAGGCGGAACUACCGCUACUUCUUUCUGUUCCUGUUGUCCCUGACGGCUCAUAUUAUGGCUGUAUUUGGCUUUGGGCUGCUGUUCAUCCUGUACCACAAGCAGAAGCUGGACCAUGUGCAUUCUGCUGUGACUAUGGCAGUGAUGUGUGUUGCUGGCCUCUUCUUUAUUCCGGUAGCUGGCCUUACUGGUUUCCACAUCGUGUUGGUAGCACGAGGCCGCACAACAAAUGAACAGGUGACGGGGAAGUUCAGGGGAGGAGUAAACCCCUUCACCAAUGGCUGUUGGAGGAAUGUUACGCACGUGCUAUGUAGCUCACAGGCACCCAGGUACGUGGGCCGGUGGAGGAAACCUCAAACAGUAGUAGUCCAGCCACCCUUCCUAAGGCCUCAGCUUUCUGACACCCAGAUGGGAGGCAAGGUGCUGGAUAAUGGCAUCCAGGCAGACCGGCACAGCUCACGGUCAAAGAGCAGUCUGGACAUGAUGGAGAGCCAGUCUGCAGAUGCUGAGCCUCCUCCCCCUCCCAAGCCUGAACUGAGAUACCCCGGUCUGAACAGAGGGCAGAUGUCCCUUGGGCCCACAGAGGAGAGCAGCCUGCUGAGUGAAGCUCCCCCUACGCCCACCAUGUACAAGUACAGACCAUCCUACAGCAGUCCAGGGAAGAACCACACGGCUCUGACCCACUCUAACAAGAUGAUUCGAGGGGACAGUCUGAAGGAGCCCCCAUCCAUCCUACAGUCGAGCCAGCAGCCCAGCUACCGCUCCGAGCCCAGCCUGGAUGGGAGGGAGGGGCAGCGGGAGCGGGGGGACAGGGAGAGGGGUGGUGGAGGCUCCGGGGGGAUGAGCAGUGUUCCCAGCUCUGGAAUUUCUGGCUACUCCCUGGGGGGGCGCUCCUAUCCCUCCUUCACGGACCCCAUGGUAUUAUCAGGUGGGGCCUCGCGUUCCUCCAGCCUGCGGUCUACCCACACAGCCCACAAUGCACUAGGCACACUACACUCGGAGGGCACAACCUCCACCAGUUACAAAAGCCUGGCCAAUCAGACACCUCGCAAUGGGAGCCUAUCUUACGACAGCCUCCUGACUCCCUCUGAGAGCCCAGAAUUUGAGUCAGCUGCCCCUGAGCUGUCCCCCCCGCACCCCCACCCACCAAGCGCCCCCCCACAGGUGCUGGGUUACAGUUCUCCCUUCCUGUCUGCACAGAUCGCCCACCAGCGCGAGUCUGAGUUGCACCAGGCCUCCGCCGCCCUCCUUACUUCCCCCCAAAAGUCCUACGUGCGUGCCUCCAGUCCGCCCCCUGUGGAGAGAGAGAGGGAGCACUUGCUGCCGGACUCCCACCAGAUGCCUCAGCAACAUUCUCGGCCCCCCCGCUUCUCCCGCCCCCCUCUCCUGUCUGACUCGCAGCCUUUUUCCUAUCGCGCUCGCUCCCUGGGAUCCCCGGAUGCUCCGCAGACCCCUGUGUCUCCGUCUGCUGUCCCUGCCGGUUCUUCGCACCCCCCUUUAGGCAAAUCGCUCUCCUACACUAGCGCUGCCACCGAACUGCAGUACCGUUCGCGGCCACCGGAGGGUUCUGCUGUGUGUCCAGAGGGGCCGCACCCCAGGGGCAAGAAGGCCUCUGGGGGAGGUGCUGGCAGCGGUGGUGGGAUUCAGGCUCCAAAGGACGAGAUUCAGAUGAAGUCCUUCAGCCGGAUGAAUGGACACCUGAGAUCCUCUCAUCCCCCUCUCCCUCCUUCCUCACCUCCCCAUUCAGUCAGCCCCUCCUCCAGGCACGGACCAGCCAAUCACAUCACUCCUCCAGUUAGUCCCACCCACAAGCCAGGGGGAGCAGUAAAGAAGGUGACAGGUGUGGGAGGGACCACCUAUGAGAUCUCGGUAUAAGUGAGACGUAUCCAAUUCAGCUGGUGGCAUAUGGAUUUGUCACCUCACUCACUACUGGAUGACAAGGACAUCAUAAGAAGAUACUUGGCAAACAAGGACAGGAUAUAAAUGGAUAUGUCUUUGAACAAAGAAACUGACUUGCAAAAAACCCAGUGGACUCCUGAUUGUACUUUCAAAGGCAAAGUAGAGUAAUGGGAAGGAGAUUAAGAGGAAGGAGAUACCCUUUGUUCCUAGAAUUUUUAAUAAGCCGGUUCACAUGUGGAACUGCAAGUGAGAAUUUUAACAUGUGAAGAGGAGGGACUUGCUGACACUCAGUCAAUGGCGGAAAAGGUCAGUCAGCUCAUCCAGCGUAGGACUGAAAGCAGUAAACUUUUUCUGUCUGAGACUGCUGGCUGUUUCAAAAUAUUGAAUAUAUACAUACUUUUUAUUAAGAUAUAAUAGUCAUUCAUACAAUAUAAUCUCUGCACGGGUAAAAAUUUAUCUUGGCAUCUGACCAAGUACAGUGGCGACGGCAGCACGAACAUUUAUAUGGGCCCUCAUGCUGGCCUUGUGGACUACUGUAAUUGCCUUGACAUCUACUGCCAUCCUAACCGCUGACCAGAUUUCUGCAGAGAUGCAAAAUAAUCAUGGUGAAAGGCAUAGUUUUUGGUCUUAAUUGGCAGAAACAGCUGUCUAGAUUUUUCCAAGACGGCCUUUAGAUUGCUUGGAAAAUAUAUUUUUGUUUCACUUUUUAUUAUUUUUUAUGGAAUGUCUCCACAAGAUCAAGACAACCAGUAACUUUGUAGGCAGUUGAUGGGUUUGGAGUAAACAAAAUGGGCUGGUUGCUCAUUUCAGUGGACAGUUUCAGUAGCCAGAGGCUUGACUGGAAUUCUCACCCAAAGAUGGCUGGAUGAUCAGGGAUUUUCUCUGACAAAUACAUGUUAAGCCAAAAAAUGCAGCAUAACCACACAAUACAUUUUUUGUGGAAUAUAAAUCAAGGAUAUUGUAUGCAACUUGUCUGUUGUAGGCUUAAAAUUGUCUUUGGUGUUCGCAAUGUUUCACUCCUCAGCCAGGAUUCCUUUUUCUGGCAUUGUGUAAUGGUGAUAGAUGGACAAACAGGAUGAAAAUCUGCAAGUGAUGCAAAAUGUUUUCCCAUGAAAGAUCCAUACCAAGUUUUAAAAGAAAAAAUAAUUUUUUUUUUUUUUUAAAAAUAAUCAUCAUGACUUUAAACAUUUUAUAUGAUUGACAAAUCAUCUUUGGGCAUUUGGUCUGUGUUCUGACCAGCCGGUCAGAUUGACCCUUGAGACUUGAAUUAUUAGUUAAAUGCACAGCAUCAUGUUUUCAAGUGAACGUUUAAGGUUUUGAUGGACAACCAUCCAGCGGCAAAGAAAAAUCUUCAGGCCCAGACAAUUGUAGGUAUUUUAAAGAUAUAUUUUUGGAUGUGUGUGUGAUUGAGUGAGACUGAGUGCAAGCGUGAUUGAGCAUACAUAAUAAAUCCUUGGAAAUAAACACAAGUGCAUCAUUGCUAUGUGUGGAUUUCUGUCAUGAAUAUUUGAGUGGGAAUGUCCUGCAUUACAGGGGUCAUGUAGCACAUUCAUUUUACAGAAAGUGUAUCCCACAAGGCAAAACCGAAGCUCCUGCUCAGGUAUGUGGUGUAAGUUUUUUUUCUGCAGUGGUACAAUGUCAAGUUUUUAAUCUGAUAAAGUUGUGUACAGUCUGAUUAUGUGGUGUCAAUUUUACACUGUGACCCCACCCGCAAUUGGAUGAUAAAUAAAAUGUAAGGCUUCAUGAUUCCCUUGGAAAAGUGAAAUAAUUUAGGCUAAAUAUAAACAAGCAUAAUUGUGUAAGGAUGUUAAACUGUUGUACAGUGAAACAAAGGAAUGUAUUAUGGAAACACUUCUGCUGUGCAUCAAGGAUGUUUCCCCCUUAGGCUAUCUAGUUGUUUUGAUCUUGUGUAAGUGAAAGUUUUAAUAUAUGAAAGGUGUUUUACCACAGUG